UUUUAAACGCCAUUGUUAUCCUUGAACACCUUCAUUACUUUAUGUGACGUCAUAUUACCUUUUAUAUAUUUUCGACUAAUGUUCAAGUCCAAGUUGAUUUCCAAUUCCUAAACCUUGAUGACGGCGUCGCGGCGUGGUUCCAUUGUUUGUCACCGAAUUUGAAUUUUUGCUGUCGGCAUUUGUAAUUUGGACAAUGGAUUCACAGAAGUUCUGCUUGAAGUGGGAUGGCUUCCAAGGCAGCGUCACCUCCGUGUUUGAUCACCUGAGGGCGGACUCGGAACUGGUGGAUGUCACGCUCUGCUGCGAGGGACAGCGGGUGCGAGCCCACAGGAUGAUGCUCUCGGCCUGCAGCCCUUACUUCAGGGAGCUGUUCAAGGAUCUGUCAUGCCAACAACUGGUCAUCUUUCUCAAAGACACCUCAGCUGCCGAUCUCACUGCAAUAGUGGAGUUCAUGUACAAGGGCAAGGUGAACGUGUCACAGGGUCAGCUGGCCAGCUUCAUCAAGACGGCAGAGAUGCUGCAGGUUCAGGGUCUCAGCGGUGGUGAUGAUAAGGACCCGCCGCCCUCGCCCGCCCCUCCCCCACCCCCGCCACCGGAACCAGCCCGCGCCUGGAGCCAGCAGCAACCCCAGAGCCCCGCCGCCCUACGCCGUGCCACCGACACUGCAUCGCCGUCCGAGCCUCGUCUCAAGCGGCGCCGGUCCGACCUGCCUCCGCCGCCGCCUAUUGAGAAGAAGCCACCGACGCCCCAGCCGCAGCCGCAGGCGCCUCAGCCGGGCCCGGCGGCGGCGGUGGGGACUCCGGCGGCAGGGCAGGUCGGAGUACAGCCCCCUCCGGAGGAGGAGACGGCUAGGGACCAGCCGGCGGGCAUGUUUGAGGGCGCGGUCAAGGUCGAAAAGUUCGACGUCGAUCUCACGCUAGAUGACGAUGAAGACACGACUGGUGCCGGUGACGAGCUGGAAGCCGCUCUGGGCAAUGUAGCACAGUAUGAAGGCUAUGACCCGGGCUCCGAUCAGUCGCUGAGUGCGGAUGGACACAUGUUUGGAGCUGGAGGCAGCGGCGAGGGGUCCAUGGGAGGUGCAGCCGGCGGACCGUACACUCCGGGCACCUCACAGCGCGCUGGGGAGGACGGGUCACAAGCUUCUUUCCGCUGUACAAUCUGCGGAGUCACCUACUGCCACCGGCGCAACCUCACCGAGCAUCUCAAGAAGCACUCCGGGAAGACCAAGUGUCCAAUCUGUCUUCAGACGUUCGCCAUGAUCUGUGUCCUAAGGAGACACAUGGUCAGGAAGCAUGGUCUGGCGAGAGAGGAGGUGGACAGGAUUACCAACAAGAGGACGUAUCCUCAGAAUCUGAACAUGUUUCCCUAUGGAGGAGUGGGAGAGCUAGGGGUUCAUGGUGUGGUUGGUGGGGCUGUAGCUGCUGGUAUGCUGUCUGCGAGUCAGGGUGUGGUAGGUGGUGAUACAGGCUCUGCUGGUUUGAAUACUGCGAGUUGGGGUGUUGGAGCUGGUGCUUUAGGUGCUGGUAGUUCAGGUACAGGAGAGACAGAAGUGGCAUCGUAUGAUGCUGCUGUCGCUUCCUCUUCGGGAGGUUCAAUGCAUGUGGCGGAGUCGUCAGAGACAUCCUAACCGCCUCCAGAGCCCUAAAUCUCUGGUGUAUUGAACUCCUCUCUGGAAGCCCCGAUUCCUCUGUGUCUUGCCUUUUCUAUCCUGGCGUAGUCCUCCUAUCCAACGAUCUCCAAAACACGAUGCUUUUGAUCUUCUAGCUACAUAUUCUUCGCCGCCUUUUGUGACCUCGCAGACUUAUUCAUCGUUUUUAAAAGUGUCUUGCAAAUUAUAUCAUCGUCUUCGUUCACCGGUAUCACGUCACAGGCUACCGCUUCUUAAGAAACCCCGCUGUCUCUCACUUUUUACACUCAUUCGCCUCUUCAUCACUCCUUUACUCAUCUUCCUGGACUUAGCCUCACUGUGCUUCCUUUCCUUGGUUUCUCCUUACCUAGAUCAUCUGUCUUAACUCAUGUAUUAUUUGUUCCUUUCUGAAGGGCCCUUGGCUCCACCCCAUACCCAGCGAGUACCUUAGCAGUAAACGCUGCUCGCUGAAAGUGCGCUGUUCGUAUGCAACGGGAGUACAUGAUUUCCACGGUGUCCUAAGCGCUGGAUUCGAGAAAACUACGUAGUAACAGGAGUGUUCCUGUUUGUAAUCUUACGGUGUGUUGCAUCAUAAGUUGUUCAUUAGUCCAAGAGUGUAAAGACUUAUGCACUAGGGGUGUAUAGUGAAGAAGAUAUAACUACUAAAAGCGGUUGUUAUGAAAUCAGGGGACGGUGGUUAGCAUGGAGGGCAAGGGAGGUGUGAUCGUGAUGGAUGACAGUAGAAGUUCUUGGUCUUUUCUUCGUGUUGACAGGGGCUGUUUUCUGUUAUUGAAUCGGUUACUAGUUUCCUGUUGGUUUUGUCCACAAUCUCUUCUUUUUUCCUUACCUAGUAGGUCUGCAAGCUGAUGUGUAAGUUCCUUCUUUGUUUGUGUUUGUUAGCCUGGUAGUGUGCAUAGGGACUGUAGUUUCGCCGCAUUUUCUAGCACCUGUAUGCCAACGAUAUCACGGCUUGGCAUCAUAUAAUCCCGAAAUGAUUCAGAUUGUCUUAAUUAAAUAAAUCACAUCGUUUU